GGGACACUCUCUGUGAUGUAUGAUUUUAUAGAGAUCCGGGAUGGAGACAGUGAAACUGCCGACCUUCUGGGCAAGCACUGUGGAAACAUUGCUCCCCCUACCAUCACCUCAUCCGGCCCUUCCUUGUAUAUUAAGUUUACUUCAGACUAUGCCCGUCAGGGUGCUGGCUUCUCUCUGCGCUAUGAGAUCUACAAAACAGGCUCUGAAGACUGCUCUAGAAACUUCACCAGUUCAAAUGGUACUAUUGAAUCCCCUGGAUUUCCUGAUAAAUAUCCUCACAAUUUGGACUGUGCCUUCACCAUCAUGGCCAAGCCAAAGAUGGAGAUCAUCCUUCAAUUUUUAACCUUUGACCUCGAGCAUGACCCCUUGCAAGUUGGGGAGGGCGAUUGCAAAUAUGAUUGGCUGGACAUCUGGGAUGGUAUUCCUCAAGUGAGUCCCUUGAUUGGCAGGUACUGUGGCACCAAAACCCCUUCAGAGAUACGCUCAACAACUGGCAUUUUGUCACUCACUUUCCACACAGAUUUGGCAGUGGCUAAAGAUGGCUUCUCUGCCCGCUAUUACUUGGUCCAGCAGGAAGUGCCAGAGAACUUCCAGUGCAACAGCCCACUGGGGAUGGAAUCUGGCCGAAUCUCUAAUGAACAGAUUACUGCUUCCUCCACUUACUCUGAUGGCAGGUGGACCCCACAGCAGAGUCGACUCAACAGCGAUGACAAUGGAUGGACGCCUAAUGUGGAUAGCAACAAAGAAUUCCUACAGGUGGAUCUCCGCUUUCUCACAGUGCUGACAGCCAUUGCGACACAAGGUGCCAUUUCCAGAGAAACACAGAAUGGAUAUUAUGUUCGGACAUACAAACUGGAGGUCAGCACAAAUGGUGAGGACUGGAUGAUGUACCGGCAUGGAAAAAAUCACAAGGUAUUUCAGGCUAAUACUGAUGCUUCAGAGGUAGUUCUGAACAAAAUCCAUGCUCCAGUGUUGACUAGAUUUGUGCGAAUUCGCCCCCAAGUUUGGCAUAGUGGGAUUGCUCUGCGACUGGAGCUCUAUGGCUGUCGGAUCACAGAUUCACCCUGCUCAAACAUGCUUGGGAUGCUCUCGGGCCUCAUCCCAGACUCCCAGAUCUCGGCUUCCUCUACCAGAGAAUACCACUGGGUUCCCAGUGUUGCGCGCCUGGUCAGCAGCCGCUCUGGAUGGUUCCCACGCAUCCCUCAAGCACAGCCUGGAGAGGAGUGGCUGCAGGUGGACCUGGGAGUCCCUAAGAAUGUAAAAGGAGUGAUUGUCCAAGGGGCCCGAGGUGGGGACAGCAUCAAUGUGGCAGAGGCCCGUGCUUUCGUGAAGAAGUUUAAAGUGGCCUACAGCAUGAAUGGCAAAGACUGGGAAUAUAUACAGGACCCCAAAACAAUACAAGCUAAGAUUUUCGAAGGAAACAUGCACUACGAUACCCCUGAAGUUCGACGGUUUGAUCCUGUUCCUGCACAGUACAUCAGGGUUCACCCAGAAAGAUGGUCUCCAGCAGGGAUUGGAAUGCGAUUGGAGGUGCUUGGGUGUGAUUGGACAGAAGUAAAGUCCACUGCAGAGACCCUGAAGCCUACCUUGAAGAGCGAGGAGAUCACUACUCAGUUUCCCACAGAUGAGGAGGCAACUGAGUGUAACGAUGGCUGUGUGGAGAAUGGAGAUUUCCAGAUCCCUGUAGGAUUCAACUGCAACUUUGAUAUUCCUGGGGAUUUUUGUGGUUGGACGCAUGAUACGUCAACAGGAUUUACAUGGGCUUUCCAUUCUAGAAACACUUGGACUAGCCAUUCAGGACCAGGGAUUGGGGCCUAUCCAGAUGGCAAGACCUACCUGCAGUUGCAGAGCAGUGCCAGAAGAGAAGGACAGCAUGCCCGCCUUGUCAGCCCUACCAUCUUCCUGCCCAGGAGUGCCGUGUGCAUGAUCUUCCGCUACCAGGUCUCUGGUGGGAGCGGGACCAUGCUGCAGGUGCGACGGGAAGCAUCACAUGAGAACAAGGCCUUGUGGAUCAUCAGGGAGGAUCAAGGGGAAGAGUGGAGAGAAGGGCGGAUCCUUCUCCCGAGCUAUGAUAUGGAGUAUCAGAUUGUGUUUGAGGGAAUUAUAAGCAAAGGACAUUCGGGAGAAAUUGCCAUCAAUGAUGUCCGGAUAGGCACUGAUACCUCCUUGGAGAACUGUAUGGAACCUAUUGCAGCUUUUCCCGGUGAACACACAUAUGAAAUUUCAGGGGGCACCCUUCUGCCAGGGAGCGAGCCCACAGUGGACACGGUGUCAGUGCAGCCCAUCCCAGCCUACUGGUAUUACGUUAUGGCCGCCGGAGGUGCUGUUCUGGUUCUGGUCUCCGUCGCGCUGGCCCUUGUGCUCCACUACCACCGGUUCCGCUAUGCGGCCAAGAAGAGUGAUCACUCCAUCACCUACAAAACCUCCCACUAUGCCAACGGGGCCCCUCUGGCUGUGGAGCCAACCUUAACAAUAAAACUAGAGCAAGACCGCAGCUCGCAUUGCUGAGAGUGGAACAGGAACACAAAACAAACAAACAAUUUAAGACUUCAAAUACGUUGCCUCAAUUUUGCACUUUUCUCCUUACCCAGCAUAUAUGUGAACUCAAGACAUCUCCUUCCCCGGCCCCUUUGUUCUUUGACAAACUCUUAACUAUAAUGCUGCAUCUUGGAUCGCAAGAAGAGACUCACCUCUCCCUGUCUCUUUGAAAGUGAAUGCUCCUUUAUUUUUUAUUUUUUCAAAGACUUAUUUUUUCCCCUCUUUUUGGUCCCUCAAUAGACAACUUGCAAGAAAUCGCAAUAGCAAGUUAGGAGGGGUAUGCAAGAGAAUAGGUGUGUGUGCUUAUACAUCUGUAUCUAUAUCUAUAUGUAUGUAAGUGUGCAUGUGUGUGAGAGAUAUCGUCUGGAUGGCUAUUUGGAAGGGUCCUUUGGGACUUGCUUGUCCUGCUAAGACUUUCACAGGGAGUGCUUUUUUUCUUGCUCUGCCUCAUGGAAGGCCUGGGAUACCUUUUUAAUGACAAAUACACUAAUUUGUUUACUUGGAGAAGUGAGUGAUGCUUUUUGUUGCCUUAUCUAGCUCUGGCUGGGUUUAUAUUUGAUAUCCUUAAGAAUGUCAGCAGGUACAAACUGGUGGAGUUAGAAAGAAAGAAAAGGAGAGGCUGUGCCAAAGGAAAAUGUUUAAAAAUGGCAGGCCAAUAAAAGAAAAAGAAAGGGGGAAAAAAAGCCACAUUGGAUGAUGGGAAGAAGGGGAAAGGCUUGGAGAUGGUCCAAUCUAAGAUUUUAUAGUAUGUUUUCCCCAGACAUCACAAAAGCAUAGCCAUCGUUUUGGUAGUGGAAUUAAUCCCUCAACAAAACAAAACCUUUGCAAGUUGCCUUAUGAAGGAGAAUGUUCUGAAUGUUCAGUUUAUCUGUUAAACCCAGCCUUAGAAUAAUGCACAGACAUCAGUACAUUGGAGGUUUUGGAAAAUGCUGUAGCUCCAUAAAUAUUAGGUUUAUUUGUUGAGAUAAACUUGGCAAAGCUUUCUUUUCUUUUUCUUCUUUUUCUUUUCUUUUCUUUUCUUUUUUUUAUUUUUUUUUUGUGAGAGUAAGGAAAAUUCUUCCUUGUAUUUUUUACUAGUAAUUUACAAAAGAUAAAGAACACCCCCCCCCUCAAGUUUUUCUCUCCAAGUUCACAUAAAUGGCUGGCUGACACAAUUAAACAUUUGUUGGUCAUGUUGCUUCUUAAGAUGUUGGUAAUGACAUCUGUCAACCAAAGCCCCAAGAAUAGGGCCUGCUAAAAUCCAGAUAUCUCUGCAUCUUUUAACGAAGGAGGCAUAAUGGAGUCUGUGAUAAGCCUCUAUCUAUUGAUUUGCUCUGAAGUAAUGCAAUGGAAAUGCCUUAUAUAGAUUAACAAGUGAUAACACACAAAGGUGGUUGGAAUCGUUCGAUCUGAUAUAUUUUCAGGCAAAAUACAUCUCCACUGAACACAAUUUUCCAGCGUUGUUUGGUUUUUAAUGAAAAUCUAGUCAUGACUAGUUAUAUACCCUUCUGAAAAUGUCGAUUCACCCUUUCUCCCUUGUGAUAAGAGAAAUUCAGAACAGUAGCAUUGUUGUACUGAGAAGGAAGGAAGGAAUUCCACUGGGAGGGGGCAUCUAUUUUGCAAGCUUGGCUGAAAUCAAUGAACUUGUGCAAAAACAGUAGUGCCCCUCUUCAGGAACUCUAGUUGAUUAAAUUAUGUGAAGAAAUCCUCAGUGGGUUGGAUCCCAUGUGUGCACAGAGAUGGCGUGGGUCAUGCAAAACACAGGAGAUUCUUUGCCAGUUCCCAAGAGGAACACUUCAGUGUGGGGAUGUAUGUCGCAUCCUUCCACCCUGUGUUAUUCAGGUAGCAUGCUUUAGUGCAUGUAGCAAAAUUGCUCUGCCAAGAUGCUUGCUUAGCUGGGUUAAUGCCACACAGCGCUGUUUAGUAGAGAAGCUGUUUUUUAAAGUGCAAAGUUUAUAUGGAAAAAACCAACCAACAAUAAGUGUUUUGUGCUGAUAAACUGCACCUAGAAAGAAGGGAUGUGUGAGAGUAGAGCAAUCACAUGUCUCUUGUCAAAAAAUGGGGAGAGGAGUAGGCAUUCCUCUUCAACAAGGGCCUCGAAGCAAGGUGGCAUAUGUGAUGAAGUGAUCAGGAAGUUCCCUUUAAGAUGUAUUCUGUUAGCUUUGUGGGUCCUAGGAAAAUGUAUUUCAGUGUGGAAAUAAUUUGUUAGCAAGUACUGUACCUCGAUUUCUGCACCACCGGUACUCAUGACAGGAAAUCCCCAACAUGAAAUAAAGAAAAUGGUGCAUGGAGACUGUUCCUUCCUACUAGUUCUCCUGGUCCUGUCCCUAACAGCAGUCAAAUGUAAAUAUAUCCAGUAGUGUUUCAGAUUUCACCCUGAGUCACAUAUGCUCAGUCUGUGUGUGUUUAACCUGAUUGAGAUACUCGGGUUUGGUUUUUAAGAGAAAAAAAAAUUGCCAAAAACUGCCCUGCCCACCUCAAUUUUUACUGCCACCUUUCAACCCUCCCCUUAGAGCUGUGACAUCGUCAGCAUCACCCAGUUGCCUGUGUGUGGAAAUAUCUUGUGGAAUUUUGAAAUUCUUGACAAUGUAUUGUGUGGAAUGUAAUAAAAUGAUGAUAUUUUUAUACAUAGA